AUGACGUUGAUUGGAGGGAGACGAGCGGCGACACUCAAAACUGAGGGAGAGGAGAGCACCGAAGCUUCAGAUCAUGUGGAAAUCAAGCUUUUCCUUUCAAUUAAGCUUCGGAUCUGGUGGAUAAAGCUAUAUUUUGGAUUGGUCGAUUUUCUCGGCCCAUCAAUAUUGCAGGCGGCGGCGAACGGAUGGCGGGAGAAUUCGCCGGCAGUCGUGAGCGAUCUCCUGGUGUCGUCUCUCUCCCGCUUGUGCGCAUUCUGGUGGUCGCGUAAGGCUUGCGAGGGCAGAACUUGUCCGGAUGCAGAUGCGGUUGCAGUAGAGAAUCACCACGGUAGUAUUCCGGGGAAAUAUGAUCUAAAGAUAUCUAAAUCGAAUUUAAUUCUUUUCUCCAACAUUGAUUUGCUAGAGUACGAUUCAGCCAAUGUACAACAUACCCUCUGCUAUCUCCUUCUCCGAAGGAACAGAGCAUUGAACCUCGUCAUUUUUCAUAAGAGUGCAGUUUCUUCCCAUUAUACAAAUUUGUCGUAUUUCAUGAGUGUCCUCAAGGAUAUCAAGCAGCAUUUGUUUAAGAGCCCCAGCUCUAGAGCCCAAUUCAACCUUUGGUCAUAA